UAAAUUUCUGCACAAAUCUAGUACGUUUGGUCGUAUCGAUACGAGUUUGUGUCAUAUAGUAUAAAACUAAUUGAGAAUUAAAAAAUGAGUGUUUAUAUAUAGCGAGCUGCACGUUAAGCGCAGUAUGUUAGCAAAUCGCAAAAAUGGUUCGAGCGUGGUACAUGGAUAAUGAAGUUACCGAUCAACGAUUGGAACAUCAUCGUAGCCCACCACAAUAUAUACAAUUGGACGAAUUGUUCAAAAAAACUGGCGUCGAAUAUUUCCAAUUAGAUGCUGAUACAUAUAAUGUGGAUGGCAAAUUGGAUAGAAUUCGCAAAGAUCGUGGAUAUUCAUAUGAAGAUGAGAUAAUAUGUUCAAAAGACUGCCUUCCCGAUUACGAUAAUAAACUGAAGACCUUUUUCACUGAACACCUUCACUCAGAUGAAGAAAUUCGAUUUGUGGUCGAUGGUUCUGGUUAUUUUGAUGUUAGAGACGGCAGCGAUGAAUGGAUCCGGAUUGAAGUCGUUCGUGGUGAUUUGAUUGUUAUUCCAAAGGGAAUUUACCAUCGUUUUACACUUGAUUCGAACAAUUAUAUAAAAGCCAAACGAUAUUUUGUUGGUGAACCAAUUUGGCUACCAUACAAUCGUCCAGCCGAUGAUAUGAUCGUCCGAAAAGAAUAUUUACAACAAUUACAAAAAGGAUUUUAAUUUGAAUAAGGCAGCAUUUUCUUGUUUUUAAUUUUUUGUAUAUAAAAG